AAGACAGCAUCCAGGACUUGCACGGCAGGACGGCCCAGCGAGUUAUCCUCUGCAUGACGCGCAUCAGUGUUCCUAUCCUCACAGAUCUCAAGGAGGAGCUGGAUCUCCCCGAGGGACUGAAUGCUGUGAUUGCUCAAUCCACAGUACCGCCGAGCGCAGAGCUGAAUGCACUCAACGCCAGCCUCGCCGACCUCGCUGCGUCUGCACAAGCGCGUGCCGAUGCUCUCAAGCGAGAUAUAGAGCUUCUACAGCAGCACUACCUCUCCCUCAAGCAAAAAGUGAAGCGCGACAAGGAAAAAGCAGAUCGAUUGGCAGCUGAGGCUGCCGUUGCAGAGCUCGCAGAGGCAGAUGCACAGACAGACAGCAAGAGAUCAGCUGUAUCGGCUGCAAGGCACGAAUUUGACGAAGACAUCAUCAAGAGCGAGGCUGCGAGUCCAGGCAGAACCCAAGCGAGUCGGCGACCAGGUUCAGCUGAACGUCAGAUUGACGCCAUGCUGCCAAGCGAAGAUCGAGCUGCACCCAUUCAUGCCGCUCACUCGGGUGAUAUUGCAGAGAUGCAACGACGUCUAGGGGUUGCUGCGUAUCCGACGGUCGACCUGACACCCCUUCUACCAGGCAAGCCGUCUGAAGAUGAUUACACCAAGGGCAAAGUGCCCAAUCAGAUUGCCAUUACUACAUUUUACACAAGCAUCGAGCCUCACUUCAGACCAUUCACAGAGGAAGACCUGGGCUGGCUUCGAGAUAAGGGUGACCAGCUCGGUCCAUUCAUUAUCCCACCGCUAGGGCCGCAUUAUACAGAGGUCUGGAACGAGAUGGACGAGACGCCACCACCAAAAGCUGAAGUAUCACAACGGCCAAAGGAAUCUGCCGAGGCGCUCAAUGAUGACAAUGUCUUUGCGGACGCUGUUUCCUGUGGUCCCCUGACAUCACGCUUGAUUUCUGCUCUGCUGAAGGAGGAAGGUGCAGCGCAAAGACCAGCGGAAGAGGAACCUGAAAAAGACAAAGAAUUGCGUGCUGCUCCCUUUAAAAUGGACUAUGCAGAGGUGGAGGAGAAGCUGGCUGGUGAAUUGUCCUUUAUUGGAUUGCUCGAGUCACGGCCGAUUGACUGGAAUCAGACCUCGGAUGAUGAGAUUAGUGCCAAUCUGCGCAUGCUACAAGCGGAGCUCAAAACGCAAUCAACGCUGAACGCUGCACGGAAACGCAAGCUGAUGGAGCUGACGACGGACGAGAUGGCCAAGGACGAAUACACGACCAUCUUGGACGACCUUGAUAAGCAGGUCGAGCAGGCGUUCCUGAAGCGAUCGCGCAGCAUCAAAGCGAAGAAGAAGCGGAUCACAGGGGAAAAAGGAGUGGCAGUUAACAAGGUGGGCAUGGGCGCAAGCAUGCGUUCGCAAAUGGACAAGCGGCAGAAAUGGAUCACAAAGAUUGGAUCUGUGGUGAAGAAGGAGAGCACGAUGGCGCCGCCUGGCUACUUCGACAGCGUGAACGUGGCAGAGGACGACGAAGAGGAGGAGAGCUGAGGGGAGGGCAUCCUUGUACACAUAGACUCUUACCUCUUGGCCUCUUUCCACUGCUGCUGCUGCUGCUGCUGAACAAAUAAUUUCGACGCGCUGCAAAAUCUGCGCGGCAGAGACAGCGAGACGCGAGCACACCUUCGUACCGCAAGUCCAAGCAUGAACGUCUUCAAUGAGCAGUCGUCGCAAGAGCGCGGAGAGAAUGUAAGGUGAUUGUAUUUGGAGAUGCCUUCAACUAAUCUCAGGCUCGCCUGUCCGCAUUCGUCGGAGCAAUCGCAGUGGGUGAUCUGGUCAAGUCAACUUUGGGCCCAAAGGGUAUGGACAAGAUCCUGCAGUCCGCCUCGAC